AUGGCUGUCCCGCUUUCUACCCUCACAUUCCUAUGCCUCUCGCUCAACCUCACAGUCUGCCACGUCUACAAGGCCUCGCUGGCCACGUGUACAGCCAGUGACACAUCAGCAACGCACACCUGUCCCUGUCCCCCAUGGACGGCUGUAGUAAGCGCCACGUGGCCGCGGAGCGAAGACAGCGCCGCCGCGUGCAGCCAGAGGCUACUCGUCCGCGCAGCCUCUGCCAUCUCCGCCACUGCGCGCGACAUUGCGCGGGAAGGGGGCGGUAGCAGGUGCGCGAGUGCUGUAGCGCGUGCCAUUGCGUGGGAGAGGGGGAGUAGCAGCCUCCCCCUCUCCCCGUCCCCACUUCCUCCCCCAUUCCCCCACCCCUCCCCCCUGCCCCAUUCCCCCCUCUUCCCGCCGCCCCCGCACCUCUCUAUCCAAACAUCUUUCCCAUUCAACCUGUGCUGUCGCACCGCCAGCUGGCUGCCUCUGAUUGGCCGAGAACCGUCGUUUCUGUCGGAGCGGUGGAGCGAGCAGCUGCUGCAGGGCAGCCCGUGGCGUGCCACGUGUCCCUCGCCCUUCCUCAGAUCGGGUGUCUCUCUCCGCCUGCUGCCUUCCCCCAGCCUCCCCGUGCAAGGGGAAGGGGCGCAGCGCGGGGGCAGCUGGGAGGGGGGAGCGGCGUGCGCGGAGGGGGGAGUGCUUUGGGGAGGGGAGGCAGCUGAGGAGAUAUGUGUGAUUGUAUUGAGGGGUGAAAGAGGGAGAGGGCGGAGGGGUGGAGAGGGAAGGAGGGGGCGAUGGGAAAGUGAUGAAGCUUGGAGGGAUGGAGCAGCAGAGGGGAUGGGUGAGGGUGUGGGUGGGGGAAGAGAAGUAGAGAAGACCGAACAGAGCACUUUGGACCUUUCAAGGCAAGAGAGAGGGGAGGAACGGAGGAAAGAGCGAGUGGAGGAGCGUGUGAGAGUGAAAGGGAAGGGAGGGAAGGAGAAGAAGGCAGGGAAAAAAGGAAAGGAGAAGAAGGAAGAGAAGAGAGGGAAGGAGAAGAAGGAAGAGAAGAAGAAGAAGAAACGGAGUGAAGAGAAGGAGAAGAAGGAAAGGAAAAGAGGGAAGGAAUUAAAGGAAGGGAGUGGAGGGAAGGAGAAGAGAGAGAAGGAAGAAACAGCAGGGAAGGAAGGGAAGGAAAGGAAGGAAGGGGAGGAAAGGAAGGGAGGGAAGGAAGGGAAAGACAAGAGGGAAGGGAAGGAAGGGAAGGAAAGGAAGGAAGGGGAGGAAAGGAAGGAAGGGGAGGAAAGGAAGGAAGGGAAGGAAGGGAAAGACAAGAGGGAAGGGAAGGAAGGGAAGGAGAAGAAAAGAGGGAAAGAAGGAAUUCCAACGCAAGGAAGGUCAAGAGGCAGCAGCAAGGCAGCACCUUCUGACGAUGACCCUCAUGCUCUCAUAAAGCUGGGCGAGUCUCAGAUGGUGUCCAAUCAGAUCCAAGCGGCACUGGACUCGUUCAGCCGGGCCGUUGCUCUGAUACCAAACGAUGCGGAGGCGUGGCGGCUGCAGGGGUGGGGGCACAAGGAGGCCGGCAACUGGCGCGAGGCAGAGGCGAGCUUCAGUAGGAGCGUUCAGCUGAAUGAGAGUUUCCUUCCUGCACUGAUCAUGUGGGUGGAGCUGAGGCAUGUAGCAGGAGACCACAGGGGCGCGUUGCAGCUGCUGGAGGCGGCACUGCAGCACCACCCGGCAAGCGUGCAGCUCAGAUACCUCGAGGCCUCCUGCCACCACGCUGUUGGCAACUUUGUUCAAAGCAGGGAGGUGGCAACGCACAUGGCAAUGGUCAUCAACGACCCCUUCCCUGACUUUAGCAUCAACGACCUUUUCAGCAGCGUCUUCAAGGAGGGGUGGGCGCGUACGUUCCACCCAGCACAAGUGGUGCAGAGAGGCUAUGCCAUGCUCGCGGAUUCCCACGCCCUCCUCUCCUCCCUGCAGCGCCGCCAGCUGCUUCUCGUGCAGCGAGCUGAGGAGGAGGAGCGAGAAGAGGAAGAGAGGAAGAGGAAAGAGAGGAGGGCAGGGAGGAGGAAGGGGGUCGGAGCAGGGGUUUCCUUGGCUGAUAGGAAGAGGGAGCUGCUGAGGCAAGAGUCAUUUGAGAGCGGCUUUGGGUCCUCCACGCCCAUGGUCUCUGGUCCCGCCCACAACAUCCGCUACGCCAUGCACGCUCCCAGGGCGCUGGCAAUGGUGAAGGCCAUCAUAGCGGAGCAGGGCAAGGUGUACCGAGGGGGGUACGAGGAGAUCGUUCUUUCCACACAUGCCCUGCAGCAGGUGGCAGCAGCCUCGGACCACACCCAUCUGUGGCAGGCGGUGCAGCAGCCCUUCUUUGUCUUCACACCCUGCCAGAGCACCGCCUUCCCCAACAAGACGCUCAACGGCACUCGCCUUGCCCUCUUGACCAGGCUGUACGGUGUGGAGUUUCUCAUAGAAACGGUGCUCACGCCUCAUAGGUGGAAUGAAUUCGAUGCCGAGAUGGCAGCCUCCUGGAAGGCCAUCUGCCUGGCAGUGGCAAACACGCCUCUCCACGAUUCUGACCUCCUGGCCUACCGCAAGGCAGUACAGGACAGCAUUCUCAGAAUGGCGUACUACUGGUACAAUUUCAUGCCAUUGGCGCGCGGCACGGCCAUGACAGGCCACGUCGUCACGCUCGGCCUGCUCCUCGCCAUCGACCUCCACGCCUCCAAACCCAUUCCCCCUGCCGUCCAGGUGGACUGGGAGUCCAUCCUGUGCCCCUCAGCCGCUCUCUUCCUCCGCUCCGUCUCCUCCUGGCUCUACCCCUCUCUCACCCACUCGCCUCGCCUCAAGGAGCUUCUGAGUGUGGAGGACGCGUUCCCCUCCAUGGGAGAUGUUGUGGAUGUGCUCAGUGCGGCGGUGGAGGAGGGGGGAAAGGAAAGGGGAGCGGAGAGGGGAAAGGUGGGGGGAGUGGAAGGUGGAGAGGAGGAAAUGCAAGGAAGCACAGGCGGAGACGGGCGGCCUGGAGGGCCCUUAGAAGGAAAGGAAUCGACGACAGGAGGCGAGUCUAGUGAGAGUUCCAGCAGUGUGGGUAUGAAGACGGUGGGGAAACUUGAGAUGAGAUCGGGUGUGGCUGGGGGGGAUAAGGUUGAGGUUGAGGGUGGGGAGGAGAGAGAAUCUAAGGAGGGGGGAGAGAGUGAGGGUGGGAGGAGAGGACGGAGAGGGGGGCGGAGGGCACAGAGGGAGAAGGAGAGAAGGGAGAGGGAAGAGCGGUUGCGAGAGGAGGAGAGAGCAAGGGAGGAAGGAGCAAUCGAAGGGAAAGGGGAGGAGCAAGUAAGUGAGAAAGGAGGAAGCGAAGUCAGAAAGGAUGGGAAAGAGAGGACGCAGGAGCUAGAGGAGGAGAGAGCAAGGGAGGAAAGAGAGAGGGAAGGGAAAGGGGAGGAGCGAGUGAGUGAAGUCGGAAAGGAGGGGAAAGAGAGGACGCAGGAGCUAGAGGAGGAGGUUGAGAGUGAGGGAGGUGGGGUAGGAGGCAAAGGGAGAGGGUUGGCAGGCGGUGAUAGGGAGAGGGGAGGGGUGGCAGAUGAGGACGAUAAGGCAGCAGACCGAGGUGGUGCGACAGCAGACCGAGGUGGUGCGACAGCAGUGGAGGAAGGGAGGGAGAAGAGGGGGAGGAGAGGGAGGGGGCGGAGAGAGGAGAGGAGAUUGAGGAGGGAGAAAGGGGAGGAACGAGAGGAAGAGGCGGGUGGUGUGGAGGAGCAUGAGAACAAGGCAAAGGGCAAAGGGGACGUAAAGGUAAUCACUGCGGGCACAUCUACUAUCAAGGACAAUGAGAAGGACGUGGAGAGGGAGAAGGAAAAGGAGAAGGAGAAGGUGAAGGAGAAGGAGAGGGAGAAGAAGGAGAAGGAACACAAGAGAGAGAAGAUGGUAAAGGAGAAGGGAGAACAAGAGAUGGUGGCAGCUGCAGAGUCCAGGCGGAAUCCAGUCAAGGGGAGAGCUGGUGCCCGUCCAAAGCAGCGGUGGGGUAGCGACGUGACUCUCGAAGCAGCAGUGGGGCUGGCUCAAGCAGGUAACUACGAGGCUGCAGUUGAAGCAUUUGCACAGCUGGAGGAGCAGGGCGAGGAGGAGUCUGCAGGGCUGCUGGCAUGGAGGGGGGCGGCCAACUCCCUCACAGGCCGCCACACGCAGGCCAUCACCGACCUCACCGAGGCCCUGAAGAUCAUCCCGUCAGAUCUGCCCAUCUACCAGAGCCUGCUGCAGCACCGAGCCGUCUCGCACCUCAAGCUGCAGCGAUUCACAGAGGCCAUAGCGGAUUGGACUACCAUGAUCGAUGCCGACUCGAGCAAUGUAGCUGCCAUUCGUGAGAGAGGCAUGGCUCGUGUGAACCGCAGGGCUUUCAAGGACGCCAUUCCGGACCUCACCACCGCACUGCACCACUUUCCACACGAGCACACCCUCCGCCUCUUCCUGGGCAACGCCUUAUACUACAUGGGGCGGCGGUCUGAAGCAGCAGCAGCGCUGCAGGCGGUGGUGCGUGCAGAGCCGCAGCGGGGGGAGGCGUGGCGCGUGCUGGGGGACGUGCGGAGGGACAUGGGGGAGGUGGGGGAGGCGGAGAGGUGCUAUGGGCAUGCGUUAAAGGCGUUUCCCAGUGAUAUGCCCACGUUGCACUCGUGGGUGAAGCUGCUGCAAUCCACCGGCAGACACAGGGAGGUAAUCAACCUGAUCUCAAAGUACCUCCUCUACCACCCCACUAAUGUGGAGCUGCACUAUUGGCGACAAAUUCACGCCAUCUCCCCACUCCUCUCCCCAUUCCUCUCUCCACUCCUCCCCACCCCUCUCCCCACUCCUCCCACUCCCCUUCCCACUCCUCUCCCCACUCCUCUCCCCGUUCCCCUCCCCACUCCACUCCCGUUCCCUCUCUCCUCAACCAUCCCUCCACCAGGAGAGCUGGGCAUACCGCUAUCCACGAGAUGCGCUGCUCCAGGCAGGCUACAAGCGCAAGGCCCUUCUGUCAUUGCCUCGGUCUCCCAAGUCCUCUCCUCACUGCCCUCCCCACUCCUGAUUCCGCCAUCCCCUCACCAGGAGAGCUGGACGUACCGCUAUCCACCAGAUGCCCUGCUGCGGGCAGGCUACGAGCCCAUGGCUCUGCCGCCAUCUGGAGGACGGGGCAACGGCAGCACAUGCAGUGGGGAGGGCGAGGGGGCAAGGCUGGGUGCUGCCCACGUGGAGGCUGUUGAUUGGGCGGACCGGCUGGGCAGCCUGAUUCAGUACCACUGUGCUGGCUUCCUCAAUAACGGGCGGCAGCAAAGGGCAGCAGGGCUAGCCAUGCUGGCCAUCAUGCAGGCCCUCAGGCACGAGUGGGUCCCAUUCAGACACUCUCCCACUCCCCUCUCCAAUCACACCAAUCAUCUCAUUGUAUCCCCAUUGCACCAAAUGCAAUGCACACAGCAAAGGGCGGCGGGGCUAGCCAUGCUGGCGAUCAUGCACGCACUCAGGCACGAGUGGGCCCGCCUUCUCGCCUCCUCGUCUCGCCCAGCCAGUGCCAGCAGCGGCGCUGACGUGGCGCUGACGGAGAGUGGGUUCAACAAGGGGGUCAUCUCCAGCACCCCCAUCUCAUACGGCCAAUCGCUUAACUUCAAAUACGGCGCAUACGCCGACAGGGCGUUUGUGAUUCUGAAGCAGCUGCUGCUGGAGAGAGGAGUGGUGAAGGCGCAGGAUGGGCUUGUGGAGGUUCCACUCACCAAGGCCGUGCUCAGAAAGGCGCGCAAGGCCAGCACCCACACGCAGCUAGCCGCGGCAGUCAGCCAACCCUCCUUCUACACGCCGCUGCUCAUCCCCAGCUCCGCACAGCCCGGGAAGCUUAUUGAAGGCUCACGAAUAUCAGUAUUUCCUAAUCCCGACUCGCCCGAGCCCGAGCUAGCAAUCGAGCUCAUGCUCAAGCCGGAGCGGUGGAGGGAGUAUGAGAGUGAGAUGGAUGCGGUGUGGCAGGCCAUCCGCCUGGCAGUGGUGAACACGUCUCUCCGCGACUCUGACUUCCCGGCCUACCGCAAGGCAGUUCAGGACAGCGUACUCAGAAUGGCCUAUUACUGGUACAACUUCCAGCCCUUGUCGCGAGGUACAUCAGGCACGGGUUACGUGGUAACGCUCGCUAUGCUACUGUCCAUGGACCUGCAAGUCACCACCGCCAUCCCUCCGGGCGUGCAGGUUGACUGGGAGGCGCUCCUCUCACCAACUCCCGCAGACUUCACAGCCGCCAUCUCAGAGUGGCUGUACCCGUCGCUCGCGUAUACUCCAGAGUUGGCCCAGAUCCCACAGAUCAGUGACACGUUUCCAUGCCUUCGUGAGGUUUUCCUUGCUCUAGAGUAG